ACAUUAUGAAUACAUAAUAUGAUCAAAUGCAAAUAAACAUAACUGUCCCAUUUAGAUUCCCUUUAUUGGCUGAGUAAAAAUAGAUCAGAACAGGCACUACGGAGUCGAUAACGAGAUUUCAGAAGCAGAUAAUCGGAUAUUUGCUCUUACGUCAGCAUAUUAUUUACCACAACAAUCCUUUCUUUAUUUUGCAAAUGGUCACCUUGAGUGCUUUGAUCUCAAAAUACCAAAACACCGUACUUUUGUGCGUUUAAUUAUACAGAAAUAAAACCAAGUCGUAAGAAACAAUGUGGUCAUAAGGGAGUUGCGCUUUCAUAACAUUCGUAACUCGGCGAAAGUUUGUUUACUAGUUCUCGGCGGACCAAAACACGGCUUGUUUCGCUUUCGAACGCGCGCCUGUGAUUGGCUGUCGGCGCUUGUCAAUCAUCUGCGGGGGCGGUGUCGGGUGACAUAUGAUAGUGAGUUCCAGUAAACGCGCUGGACAGAUUAAGUAUACACACACACACACAUUCAACAAGCGACAGCAGCAGUACUUUCACACACUACUGGACUAGACUGGAUUACAAAACUUCAUAACAACACCAUUCUGAAGCCAUUCUAUCUGCUUUGACCCACGCUGACGCACUAGACAGUAGCUAUCAAUGUAACUUAAGUCAGUUUAAAGCUAUUAUCAUCAUUUAAUUUCUCUUUAUUUUCAUCGCCGUUCGCGUCGUCAUAAUUUAUUUCGCUAAUCAUAUGUGACAUUUUACGAGACAUACAGUAUUGCUGGUACCAUGGCUGAAGCAGCCCAGAACCAGAUGGUCGAGAUCGACCCGGACUUCGAGCCGCUUUCUCGUCCCCGUUCGUGCACUUGGCCGCUGCCGCGACCGGAGUUCACCAACCCCGCAGCCGCCGACUCCAACACAUCGUCCCCGGCUCCGUCCGUCAAGCAGGAGCCUUCCAGCAACACGGACUUUAUCAACAACUUAAGUCUGCUGGAAGAGAAUGAGGACUAUCCCGAUCAGAAACCGCUCAUGUGCGGAGAUUUCCAGUGCCAAGAGAACUGCAUCCACCAGCAGCACCAGCAGCACCAGAUCCCGAGUCACCAGCAACAGGUGCCCGUGCUCUCCUCUCCAGUGGCCGCUGCCGCAGCCGCCGCCGCCGCGCAGCGCAAGAGCAGCUCGUCCCGACGCAACGCCUGGGGGAAUAUGUCAUACGCGGACCUGAUCACCAAAGCCAUCGAGAACUCCCCCGAAAAGCGGCUCACUUUGUCUCAGAUCUACGACUGGAUGGUGAAAAGCGUCCCUUAUUUUAAGGACAAGGGGGACAGUAACAGCUCUGCUGGUUGGAAGAACUCGAUCAGACACAACCUGUCCCUGCACAGUAGGUUUAUCCGUGUGCAGAAUGAGGGCACGGGCAAGAGCUCUUGGUGGAUGCUCAACCCUGAAGGCGGCAAGAGUGGCAAGUCACCCCGACGCCGAGCUGCCUCCAUGGACAACAACAGCAAGUUUGCCAAGAGCAGAGGGCGAGCGGCAAAGAAAAAGCUGGCUCUUCAGGGUGGGCCUGAGGGGGGUGCAGAAAGCCCUGGCUCUCAGUAUGGCAAGUGGCCUGGCAGUCCGAACUCCCACAGCAAUGAUGACUUUGACGCCUGGACAGCUUUCCGUCCUCGCACCAGCUCCAAUGCCAGCACUCUGAGCGAGCGUCUCUCGCCCUUCAUUGACGAUGAACUUGGCGACUCUGACGUCCACAUGGUCUACCCAGGCCCUGGCUCAGGGGCCAAAAUGACCUCCACCCUCCCCAGCCUGUCUGAGAUGGCUGGAUCUCUGGGACACAGCGGCUCUGAAAAUGUCAUGGAGGACCUUCUAGAUAACCUCAACUUGCUCUCACCUAAGAACCCAUCAGUGGGGUCGGCAGGAGGGCCUGGGUCAGGGUCCAACCAGUCCUCGCCCUCCUCCCUCAUGCAGGCCAGCCCUGGUUACUCCCCCUACAACUCCCCAGGUCUAGCCGCGGUCAACCAGCAGACCCAACAAGACUAUCGUAAAUGUCUCUAUGGCCAGGCAGGAAUGGGCAGCAUGUCCUCCAUGCCAAUGCAGCCUCUGCCAGAAUCCAAGCCCAGCUUUGGUCCUGGUCCAGGAUCCAUGGGCCAGUUUAACUGCACAGCAGGGUUAUUAAAGGAGCUUCUGACAUCUGACGGGGAGCCUGGAGAGCUCAUGCCCUCAGUGGACACUGUUGUUUCCCAGUCAAUUGGAGGCAGUGGAUGUAUGCUGCCUCCUUACAGUAGUGCCCGGAAUGAACUUAUGGGAGGUGGGGCUUCUCACACUCGCACCCUCUCCCAUCCGCACAACAUGCACAGACAAGCAAGACCCCCAUCAGUGGCGAUGAAUGGGCGGACACUGCAUCCCUUGACUAGCAUUGGCCACAGCGGUGCUGCUGGACGACUAGAAAGCAUCAAAACAGCCAUGCAGAUGCAGUAUGGUGGCACUGCCCAUCUUGGGGGUGGGCUCCCACCUUACUGCAAUGUCAACAGCAAUGGAUAUGGCCGCAGCCCAGGGCUGAUGCCACACCAGCAGCAGCAACACCUGGAGAAGCUGCCCAGCGAUCUGGAUGGGAUGCCCGUGGAGCGAUUCGAAUGCGACGUGGAGUCCAUCUUACACGACACGCUCAUGGAUGGAGAGUCGUUGGACUUCAACUUCGACCCCAUGGCCACCCAACAGGGUUUUGCACCUCACAGUGUAAAGACCACCACGCACAGCUGGGUGUCUGGGUAAAAUCUACACAUCUCAACUGGAGAACAGCAAUGCUGAGCAGCUGUAUACACCAAUCCAAAACUAUCAUGAAUCUCUCGUCAAGGACUUAGCCUCAAUUAUUACUUCUUUAGCAGAGGCGGUGCAAUACAACCUCACACUGCCAAGCAAAUGGGCUCAAUGUGGAGCUAAUUUACAAGAACACUUUUCCUCCGACGUUGGGACUUAAAUUCAAACCAAGUGCCAAACCAGGUGCCUGUGAGCCAUAGCCAAAUUGACCAGCUUCAUUUUGCUGCCUUUUUCUCACUGUAGAGAACCAGUGGUCAAAUCAGGACAAUGACAACCUGAGGCCCUUACAGCUGCUGCAACACAUAAAUAAACCAAUGUCCAUACAAAUAUUCUGUAAUGUUUUUACAGCCACAUACAUUAGAGGCAAACUGUGAUAAAGUAGAACCACCAAAUUCAACACCUGGCACCACAAAAGUACAUAUGAUACUCAUUGAACAGUGACAUGCAUGUUAAUAGAUCUCUUUUAAAUGUCGCGUUAUCAGUUUAAAGUGCUACCCUGCAAUUUAUGUUGAGAGUUAUAAUGCGUUCAUGCUGUGCUUCAUGGAGACUUCAUGACUGGCCUUAUUGUGAAGAAGAACUGGAACAGUGGUAGAUGAAAACCUGGAAUAACUGUAAAUAGAUUAAUUUAGAAAAGGUCCUGAACAAACACAAUCUCAAAAAAAGUUAGGGAAAUUUUCACAGACUAGUUGAACUACGUCGCACACAGCAUAUCGUAACACUUGUUUCUGUCACGUCAGUCAGUGUACGUGACAUUGAGCAGAUGUACUACAUUUCUAAAGAGCGUGUUACUAUAAAUUGGUGUACAGAGAGUUUACACAAUUAUAUCAACAAUCAGGGCAACAGAUUUAAUGUUGUUUUGUACAAACUGGAUCUGACAUUUUACAUAUUGGUGGUCUUACACAAAAGGGUGUUUCUCAUUCGAACUGUAUACAUCUUUCCACAUCUUUUGUAAAUACAUGAAAUAUAUAUUUCAAAGGCAUAUAAAGUAGAAAUAUUGAGGGUUUUCUUUCUUUUUGUAUUAUCUGAAUUAUUGUUAUUGCUGUUUAUUACUGGCUUCAGUUUGACAUUAAGCUGUGUAUAGUGUAUUUCAGAAGAGUUUUGGGGCCCUCAAAGAACAAAUACUCAAUUUUUAGAAUAUUUCACUAGUGUUUUUCUACUUUGAAAAAGUACAUUGUGGCCCAUAUAAGAGCUGAAUGGGAAAUAAAGGAUUGAGACUUUAUGAAGAUCUCAGUCUGAAAAUUUCCAUAAUAAGAAACCUUGACAUUUUGAGAAAUUGUUGGAUUUGUGUUUAAAAGGACAGUUUACUCAAAAAUUAGAAUUCUGUCACCAUGCACUCACCCAAUGUUGUUCAAAACCUUUAUUACUUUCUUUCUUCAGCUGAAAUCAAAAGUAUAUUAUAGGUAGAAUUUUGGCCUCAGUAGCCAUUCUCUUUCAUUGUAUAGAAAAACAAAAUGCAGUGAGAGUGACUGAGACUCACACACUGCCAAACAGUGUUCCAUGGACAAAAAGAAAGUCAUAUGGGUUUGGAUCAAAAUUAGGGUGAAUGAUGACAGUAAUGAUGACAGUAUAUUCAUUUUUGGGUGAACUACCCCUUUAAGUAUUGCUCACCGGGCCCCUAAUGCCAUUAGAUCCUUGUGACAGUGGCAGAUAUUGUAGUUCAGAAAUACAGCACAAGAAGACUCUCCUAUGCAUUCCCCACCAUAUUGAAUCUGUUCCUGUUGUAAUUCUACAGUCCUCUGCCUUUAAGAAAAUGUGGAGCGUUUUUGAAAACAUUAUUUAUUAGGCUAAAGAAGAAGCGAUGUGAUUGAAUCAUAUCACAGUGUAUCAUUUACACUUUUAUUAUAUUUCUAUUUAAUUUCUCUUCUCUCACAAAUUUUAAGCACUGUGAUGUAUACGUACUAAUUUUGUGGUGAUUUUCCAAGUUUGUUCUGCCUCAGAAACAUCUCUUGAACUCAAAGUAUACCCAUCUUUCACUCUCUUGACCUUUUUUUCAUUUGCACAUGCAUAUCUCACUCCCUUUACUGCAGAUUUCAACAAAUUUGGUUAUUUUGCACCUAUAUGCAGACAUUUAAACGUUGCAAACUGGCAAGUGUACUGUAUAUUGAACCAGGGUGAAAGUAUCAUUGAUAAUUCAUUAAAGACUUUGUUCAAAAUGAUUUCUUGAAUAGUGUUAUAAAACAGAUGUUGAAGACAUUUUUAUGCUUUGUAGAUUUAGAUAUGUGAGGUGCUGACUAUUGGACAGUUUUUUAAAAUUAUUAAUGUUAUUAAAGAGUUUUUUUAUAUAUAAUUUGGGGACACUUACAAUGUGUCCCAACUAGGCAUGAUGCGAUAAAAGCUCACUUCCAUGUAAAUCUGAGUUUUUAUCCUUCUUUGCUGCGAUGAGCAACAGGGCAUUUUGUCAGUUGUUUGGUUUCUAUUCCUUUGCCAUUGUGCUAGGUAGCCCCGCCCACAAUCAAAUCUCAUUGGUCCAAAAACAGUCUGGAUCCAGAAGUUAAAAUCCUAUUCAUUUUUUCCAUAGACAAAUAGAUUUUUAAUGAUAACUUCUUAACGUUUAAAGAUGAAUCUACCGUGAGCUCAGAGGUUGUUAAUCAAUGGUUGAAGCCAUUAGUCCGCGAUAUUUGAUUUGCCAUAAUUUGAGAAAAAAAAAAUUCCUGGUGAAAAACUACACAACCGAUAAUCCUGAAAAAGAAAAAUCCACCAAUCAGAGAAUGGUGGCAAACAAAUCACACCAAAAGAGCUUUGCAGUGACCGCCCACUCCAAUGAAGCACUUCGAAUUACAUAAUUCAGUCUCCCUGUACUCUCAAAAUACUUACUACAAUUUACUUAUAUAUUAUCCUUAUAAUCAAUGCUUUUAAAUCAAUAGUUUAAAAUUUUUCCAUCAUUUUUAAUUAGUUUACGUCAUUCGCAAUGCAUCACAGGAUGACAUCAAGUACACAGUCUUUGUGGGGGUUUUUUUCAAACACAUUUUUUGCUUCAAAUCAAAGUUUGUAAUGUUGUGAUAAAUCUUUUAUGAAGCAGGUUUUUUUUUUUUUUUUUAAAUCCCUAUGGAAAAAAUGAAUGAGAAAAAUACUUCCAGAACCAAGACGGUUGAGAAAAAGGGAGCUGUUUUAUUCCUGUGGUGUUAUAGCCCCGCCCACAGUAAAAAUUUAGUUGAUCCAAAAUCCUGCACCACAUAUUGGCAUAUUAAACAAUCAAAUAUGUUCUGAUUGGCUGUGAACGUGUGGCAUCACGCAGCAUUUUCGCUCUCAGUGUGGACAAAUUACCAGACAUCUGUUAAAUUCACAAACAUCUCACGUCAUUAAUUUAAUAUCCAUUUACCUCUGACCCACACUGUCUCAGUCAACACAGAUACAGUAGGUUUUACAAAAAUGACUGUGUCCACCAUUAAUAUCCAUAAUGCACAAAACCUGGCAUACAUUUGCUUUGUGAAUUUUGCAGGUGACCCCACCCAUGGGGUCACCUGUGUACUUUGAUGAUAAUUAUUUGACCGAUUUUGCGAUAUUUGAUAUUUUAUAGAGCUGUGGAGUUGAUUUAACGUCGCUUGUUAGUUCAUAGUUCUGAUGAAUAUGAAGUAUAUUUAGAGAGUAGAAGAUAAUUUACAUGCAAUGCUUUUUGUACACUGACACUGUUAUCCUUGUAUUUAGCAGCAGCUUGUAGAAAAACAAUAUAUAUAUAUAUAUAUAUAUAUAUAUAUAUAUAUAUAUAUAUAUAAAUAUAUAUAUAGAGAGAGAGAGAGAGAGAGAGAGAUAAUUGGGGGAAAAAAUUGGAGGAAAUGUCUUGUUCGGUUUGGACCAAUUUUUAUUGAAAAACUAUAAACUAUAAAUUAAGAUAUUGCACUUUUUCCAUAAAUGUAAUGAGUUCUCUUAGAGAGAGAAGACGGAAGUGAAGAUGAUCUAUUUUGAAACAAACUUUUACAUUUCUUAACUUAUGUACAGAAAUGAUUUGAUUCACAAUCAAAAGAUGAUAUAACUAAAGGUGCAGUUUGUUUAUAUAGUUGAGAAGACAAAAGAGAAACUGAUUGAAGACAAUGUUAUUCUGACAAUGCCAAUACUGACAUAUACUGUAUGUAUAUUGUAUCUUCAUUCUUUUAGUUUGUCAGCUGUGAGCAAACAGUUUGUGAAAUGUGAGGCCAUAGCACUAGUUUUGCUCUUGAUGCUGCUGUAAAAAGCCAUGUGUAUAUAAAUUAUGUUAUAUAAAGACGAAUCUAAAGUGA